UCUUUUUCUCUCGUUGAAACCUUCGCCGAAGUCCUUCUCUAUCCCUCUCGCGACUCUUCGCCGAAGCCCUCCCCUCUAGAGCCCCAGCUCUCUCGCCCUCGGGAUUCUCGUAGCCGAAGCCCUCCCUCGCCGUGCCUCCCUCCUCGCCGCGACAACUACAAGCCCUCUCUCAAAGGAGCCCUACAUCGGUGUGAAUUGGCCGAUUUUGCUAAUUUUCAUAAUAGAACUCCAUGUCAACAGAAUACUGUCCUGCUCACUUCUGACAGGGAAUUAAUUUGCUAGGAAUCAUGAGCGCUGGCGGUUAUACAGUGCAAGUCAUAAACCUCUCUCCUGCUGCAACUGAAAGAGAUUUAUAUGAUUUCUUUUCUUUUUCGGGUGCUGUUGAACACAUUGAGAUCAUAAGAUCUGAGGACCAUCCUUCUACUGCAUAUGUAACUUUCAAGGAGAUUCGCGCCUUGCAAACUGCUGUCCUUCUAAGUGGCGCUACAAUCAUUGAUCAGCCCGUAUGUAUAACAAGCCUAGGACAUUAUGAUGAAGCAUGUAGUUUCUGGGACCAGCCAUCGUGGAAAGUGGAAGACGAUACUGAGUUCUCGACAGCUCGUGGCGAUCACUUCAGGACUACUCCAAGGGAAGCUGUGACUAUGGCUCAGGACGUUGUUGUAAGAAUGCUGUCGACGGGCUACCAACUAAGCAAAGAUGCCUUAUCGAGGGCCAGAGCUUUCGAUGAAUCUCAUCAGGUUUCAGCCACUGCAGCAGCGAAAGUUGCUGAUCUGAGCAAAAGAGUUGGACUAACUGACACAAUUUAUGCUGGUGUUGAUGCUGUGCGAUCCGUCGACGAAAGGUACCAUGUAUCUGAGACGACGAGGACAGUUGUAAGUGCAACAGGCAGAACGGCAGCGGCUGUCACAAACACUGUCGUGAGCAGUAGCUAUUUCUCUGCAGGAGCUUUGUUAGUUUCAGAUGUUCUCAACCGAGCUGCAAAGGCUGCAGCAGACUUAGCCAAACAUGGAAAUCAAAAGUGAAACAUGAUGUUUAGUGAGUGCAUGUGAAAAUGGGUUUGUGUUCAUAACCUGGUCAAUGUAUAACUUGUAUCACGGCGAGUCACUUUGAUCGGUAGAGUUCGUAAGCGAAAUAAGUCGGCGUUGUCAAUUGUUAUUGCUGUAUCAUGUUACAUCACACAUGUCUGUGUUUGGAUAGUGAAUUUGAUGCUUUUAAGGAACCUUCUACCGUAUGUAAA